AUGGCAGCGGUAACGAAGAGGCGUCCAAGAAAAACAGCCACAGUUUCCGUUGAAACCGAAGACGGCACCCAGGCGGAUCGGCCGAAGAAAAAGGCGGCGGCGCGGAAGAAGGGAGUCACUCGCAGAUUGGCGGUUCACUCGUAUGCCGAAUGCAGCGAAGACGCGCUCAAAGACUUUGUGAAAGCCGCGUGCGACAUCGGCGUCAAAGGCAUCUGCGACGAGUUUAUCGCGUUGAAGCUCGAGACGCAGGCGUGCACGAAGCCGAAAACUGCGCACGACAAAAACGCGGACCGAAAUCGAUAUAAAGACGUCUACUGUAUCGAUGAAACCCGCGUGGUCCUCAAAUAUCCGGAAGGCGAUGCGCAGGACUAUAUCCACGCGAAUUGGGUGAAAACCGGCGAUGUGAAUAAGUUCAUCUGCACUCAAGGACCCACCGAGAAAACAAUCGAAGACUUUUGGCGUCUCAUUUGGCAGGAAAAGACGCCGUGCAUUGUGAUGCUGUGCAAUGUGAUGGAGAUGGGAAAGAAGAAGUGCGAACAGUAUUGGCCCGAAUCGCCGGAGAAGCCGAUGAGUUUGGGUAAACUCACCAUCAAACUGGUCGAGGCGAGCCGCGAAGUCGAGCCAAACAUUCUUCUCAAACGAAUGUCGGUGUCCGAUGAGACGGGCACCGUUCAUAAUCUGGAUCAUUGGCAUUGGAAGGCAUGGCCAGAUCGUGGUGUUCCCGAGAUUCCGAUGGCCGCGUUCCGACUCCUACUUCGACUCAAAGCGGUCUCGCCGAUUCUCGUACACUGUUCGGCGGGCAUCGGCCGAACCGGCACCAUCGUCGGCUUGGAAAUCGCUUACUCGAAGUUGUGCGCCGGCGAGAAGGUCUCGCUGAAUCAGAUCGUCCGCGACAUUCGCAAUCAGCGGCACGGCUCGGUUCAGACCGACGCCCAAUAUCUGUUCAUGCAUCGUGUGCUGCUCGCGUUAGCCGAGAACAAGAAGAUCACGACGCCCGAGAUGGCGACGUUCGCCGCCGAUUAUGACAAAACGAUGGCCACCAAAGCGGGAUGA